AUGCAUCAGUUGGUGGAAGAGCAAAAGUACUAUUGCUUAGCGGACAUUGAGUUGAAGGUCCAAAUAUUUUGCGCCCUUUCGCAGCCUCUCUCAUGCUGUAUCCUCACAACUCCGUUUCAUCAACACUCAACCUUCAUCUCAGUCAGCAAUGACUCUGAACUGUUACCACAGCUCAACCCCUUUUAUGCUUUUUUACAUUUUGAGCCUCUGACAAGGGAUCCACGGCCAACUCAUACGGUACCAGAAUGGCGUCAUUCACAUGCAGCGGUAAAACGUUUCUCGUGCGGCGUCUCCCUAAACAGACGUAGUAACGUUAGCUUCUUCGUUAGUAUUUCUUCCAGCCACCAAGCAAUGAUCAACCGAGACACCGCUGAGCGCCUUACCACACAGAUAUAUUUUGUUUCCAGAAGAAUAUUACAACCCAAACCAUUAGGGAUAGAUGCGUUCUCGUUUGGCCGCCUAAGGAAAUUCGCGCUUACCAGUCGUUACUCUACGAAUCUUGCGGAUGCAACCAUUACAUAUUCGUCUGGUGGUCCUAUAUCUGUACUCGAGAGGCAUAUAUCCGAGCAGCGUAACAAGGACACCUACAAUGCCCACAAUAGUUCCGUUGGAUAUAUCGGAUUUCUCUGGGAAUAUUUCAUGGAUGGUAUCUGGGACAACUCGUCUCAGCGGCUAUGA